AUGAGUUCCUACCAGCAGAAGCAACCCUUUACCCCACCCCCUCAGCCUCAACAGCACCAGGUGAAACAACCCUGCCAGCCUCCACCUCAAGAUACGUUUGUUCCCAUAACCAAGGACCCAUGCCACCCAAAUGUUCCAAGUCCCGGGAACACCAACAUUGCAGAGCAAGGCUACGUCAAGAUCCCUGAGCAAGGCUCCAUCAAGGUUCCAGACACUGGCUACACCAAGAUCCCUGACUCUGGCUGCACUAAGGUCCCUGAGCAAGGAUACACAAAGGUCCCUCAGUCUGGCAACACCAGUGUCCCUGGGUCAGGCUACUCCGUGGUUCCUCAGCCUGGCUACACCAAGGUCCCUGACCAAGGCUACACCAAGGUCCCUGAGUCAGGAUGCACCAGUGUCCCUGGGUCAGGCUACUCCGUGGUUCCUCAGCCUGGCUACACCAUGGUCCCUGAGUCAGGAUGCACCAGUGUCCCUGGGUCAGGCUAUUCCGUGGUUCCUCAGCCUGGCUACACCAAGGUCCCUGAAUCAGGAUGCACCAGUGUCCCUGGGUCAGGCUACUCCGUGAUUCCUCAGCCUGGCUACACCAAGGUCCCUGAGUCAGGAUGCACUAGUGUCCCUGGGUCAGGCUACUCCGUGGUUCCUCAGCCUGGCCACUUGAAGGUUCAAGAGUCAUCUCCCUCCAUAGUCACUCCAGGCCUGUCUCAGCAGAAGACCGCACAGAAGUAACGUGCUGACAUCCUUGUCCUUGAGGAACCGACCACCAGCUGCUGCACACCUCUUCCCAUCUUCUCCAUGCUUCAA